AUGCACAGCCAAUCGCCUAGCAUAGUUCGACUACCAGUACAUCUGCCACAACAACAAACAGUCUAUUUCCAACCAGGACAAGAAUUGGCUGCCUUAGCGCAUACCACCAAAACGCUCCUCACAGCAUGGUUCCACCUCAACUCCACUACCAAUGCAGCCACCGAGUACAUCUAUACAGAUAUACCAAACCACUUCGUCUUUGACCGUUCGAGCAAAACAUGGAAACCCCGAAAAAGAGGAGGAGAGAAGAUCAUAGCAAGAAUGUACUCCACAAACCCCAAAGACACAGAGAGAUUUGCCCUACGAACACUUCUUCUCCACGUUCCUGGUGCCAAGUCCUAUGAAGAUUUACGAACAGUCAAUGAUGUCUUAGCUCCAACCUUCCAUGCAGCCUGCAAACUACGCAACUUGCUUACCGACGAUACCCAAUGGGAGCACACACUCGCAGAGGCAGUCACAUUCCAGAUGCCACACCAACUACGCCUACUCUUUGCUGUAAUCUGCUCGCACUGCGAUCCUCUCGACCCACAACAACUAUGGCAUCAAUUCAAAGACAGCAUGAUGGAAGAUUAUGCCCGCAGCCACAACCACCACACUGCAGAGAAUAUGGCACGACUACACAUCAACAACAUCUUGGCACAAUCUGGUCUAUCCUGCUCACAUUUCAACCUGCCAAUGCCGCUUCCAACAGACGACUUGCCAGAGUACAACCAACCAGAAAUAAAUGACAUAAGCCUUCCCUACGAGCUCCUCAAUAAUGACCAAAGAUUGAUAGUCGACACGAUCAUAACAGCCUCCAUCAACACAUCCGAUCCCAACUCGCAAAUUCAGCCUCACGUCUACUACCUUGACGGACCAGGUGGAACUGGGAAGACGACAGUCUACAACACGAUCAUUUCAAUGCUCUCCAUCAGAAACAUCAAAGUACAAGCUACUGCAUGGACAGGAAUCGCUGCCACACUCCUCAUGAAUGGAUGCACAGUCCAUAGCCUAUUCAAACUGCCAGUUCCGAUCUUGGAUACAAGCACCUGCAACGUCACCCCAAAGUCUGCACAAGCAAAACACUUGCGUGCCAUUACCCUUUUCAUUAUUGAUUCAUGCUGCCUCUCCAUGCGCUCCAUGCCAUCGAUACCUGCUUGA